AUGGCGGUAAUUGAGCUACUAACCAAGCCUCCCUUCUCUGCAUCCAUUCUUCCUGUCUCCGACAGCUUAGUAGAAGCAUUUGAGUUUCCACUUGUCAUCAUGUCUGCUACAGGCAUUUGUGAAGAGGUGAGAGAUUGCAACCAGGUGAGAGACCAUCCACUCGACUUGAUCAGAGGCUCCGGUGUUUCUUCGACAAAUCCUGUACUAAUACCUCUCAAGCUGGUUGCCAACAGAGGAGAACCUUUGCCUGGCAGGCUGUUGCUCAGCAUCGGUGGGCUCAAUAUGCCUCCACCGUUGAAGCCUGAUAACGCAUUUGUAGGCGGUGCCGAAUGGGGUAGAAGGUUGCUGCUGCCAAGUUGCUGCAUCACUGAACGAUUUCUAGUAACAGAUCUUGCAAGUCUGGCAAAUUUGCUUAAUCCUUAUGAAGAAGGGGUAAAAGUAAAACACAAUUGUUGCAUAAAAGUGUAUGCGAUAUAA